AUGGUUUUAAAGAACAAUUUUGAAAAGUCCUUAAAAGAAUUGGAAACGAGAAUUAAGGAGUUAGAGCAAAGCAACGAAGGGUUACGUACAAAAUUCGAAUAUUUCGAAGCAAAGGUCAUAGAGCGAGAAGAAGAAAACAAAUCCAAGCAAGAAAUUAUUAAUAAAUUAGAAGAAAAGGUUAAAGAAGAAGCCAUAGCCAAGCAAGUAGUAAUUAACAAUUUUAAAGAAAAUAUUAGAGAACGAGAGGAAUGUGUGUUUUUUUGUGCUACAUCGGCAAAGGACUAUUGUGGUAAAGUUUCCCACGGGGUUGAUGCAUAA